AUGACUACCUUGACUGACGAUGUGCUGUCAGACACCAGCAGUGAUGACCUGACCGAUGCCUCCGUAGGUAUUCGCCAACAGACGGCCGCCAUGGUGCGCAUGGUUAUUGGAGAUUUCCGACGGUUUGUGGAUGCCUUUGUGGACAAAAUCGGCCCCAUGGUGGCGGUCGAGACCAAAGCGCUGACGGCUGUGCUGCUGCACCCAAACAAUUUAUGGACUGUACGUGAACACAACAUAGGACUAACCAUCAACGACACCACAGCCCUACUCAACAACAACGCAGUCACCCACGGCACCCCAGAGGAGUACGCGCUGUGCAUGGAGAUCAUGGCCAUUUCUAAGCUGAUGCUGCAGCCCAUUGCGCUGGCAGACGCACAGCAACGCACAGCCUAUCGCAAGAUCUGCAAAUUCUACUUCUUAGCCGAUGGGGCACCCUUCGAACUACCAGUCAUCCAGACGACAAUGAACAACAACGCAGUGGCAGACAUUCUCGUGGCACUGCUAACGCAAAUAGACGACACCUCGGUGCAACUGGCAGCCUUCCAGCUGGCAGUGGCUCUGUUGGAAGGUGUGGGCACUCGCACGAGCUCUUCAGUGGAGAAGCAGACAGUGUGUGAUGACUUCCGUGGCCAAGUGGCUGUGCAGACGUCCUUCCUGCACCGCCUGCGGCUGCCGUCGUCUACGCCGCUGUUUGAGCUGAUCCACACACUGCUCAACGACCACGCCACAACAGUCCUCACCACCCAACUCAACACAGCGCGACAGAACACCAAGCGCGAGGGCAGCACACGGGACAACAGCCCUGCACCUGCGCCCCAGGACAAGGACCAGGAGGGGCAGGACAAGGGCAAGGGCUCGGACAAAGAGGGCAGAGACGCUGCACAGGGGGACCAGAAGAACCAGGACACCAACAACGCAGCGAGUGACCACACGGCCCUCGCACUGGCAGUCAGCCCAUGGCCAACAUGGACACACAGCAGCACCAGCAGCCACACGCACACACCGCCACCCGACCGUGAGAUGCAGAUGAUUCUGACGGUGCUGCGGUUCAUUCAACUGCUGUGUGAGAACGCGCGCUCUGAUCUGCAAGAUAUAAUGCGCAUUCAACCAGACAGUCUCGUGUCAUACAACCUAGUGACAGACGUCAUGGCCUACAUGCGCCGCAUCUGUGGUAACACUGCGUCGUCGUUGUUUGAGCGGCUGGAUCGUCCGUUGGCUGAGGUGGUCAAUCAGUGUUUAGUGGCACUCACCAAAUGCUGCCAAGGCCCUUGUCCCGAGAAUCAGGUGCGUGUG